UCUUGUGAGGAUACAGAGAGGGAGGGUACAGCAGGGAGGUGAAGUAUAACACUAUCAGCAAUUUGCACAUGUUUCUAAGUGCGUGUGUAUUUUUUUUUUUACCCAAAGUGCUUCAACUCUCAAUUCAAAACUGUCAAAACUCCUGCAUUAUAGAGCUAAGCGUAAUCAUAUUUCAAGUGUUCUUCACGCUUUCUUCAAGAAUGUUUGCUUCCCUCUUUGUGGUCAUACUGGGGUUGUGCUACUGUAGCAAGGAGAGCAGUCAGUUCAUUCUGGGGCGCCCACGACUGUUUGGCCCUUCGGAGGCUUUGGUGGGAGAAGUUCUGGAUCUUCACUGUGAACUGGGGAUCUACCCAAAGAAUGAAUCUAUCCUGUUGCAGUUAUUCAAGGAGGGUGUCCGUGACAAGCUGUUCGGCGAAUACUCCUCCCUGAAUGGGGUGGUUGCAAACUUCCCCUUGGUGAUCAAACAAUCCCUCGAAGGAAACCUGGAGUGUGUGGCCAAAGGGCAGAACAACUCUAACAUAGAGCCCACUGUCAGCUACACACACUACCUGAGGGUUGUUGAACCAGUGGUCGGUGCAGCAGUUAUCGUCGAUUCAGGUCCAGUGGAGUUCUUUGAGGGGAAGACUCUGAAGCUGAGCUGUAAACUUAAAGCUGGAAAUUAUGUCUCCUACAAGUGGCUGCUGAAUGAUAAGCUUCUCCCUCAGUCUCCUCUCCACUAUGCUGCAGAUCAGCAUCUCUCCAUCUACAGAACUACUCCUAAAGACAGCGGCUCCUACAUGUGUGUCGCCACCAACCACUUCAACAAAACAGUCUUCACCUCCAACAGCUCUGGAGUUUCCAUCACAGUCAAAGACGUGGUGUCAAACCCUGACCUCUCCUUCACCGUGUCAAAAGAGGGCUCCAACGAGUAUUUUGCCAUGGUCACCUGUCAGUCAACGAGAGGGACUCUGCCUGUCACCUUUUCACUAUACAACAGGACAGAAGUGAUUGCCAAUGCGACAGUUGAAGCGCGAAAGGCCACAUUUAAGGUUCCUCUGGUCUUGGGCCAGCACUUGGGAAGGCUCCAGUGCCAGGCAAACAAUGGAGAUCGGAUUGGAUACAGUGGGUUUAUUCCCCUAGAAGUUGUCCCGGUUGGCGGGCCUGUGAUGAUGCAUUACGACUAUGACGUUGGAGAAAACUAUGCUGUAAUCGGCCUUAGGCUCUACUGCAAGGCCGCGAAGGGUUCUCUUCCACGGUACCAGUGGUUCCUCAACAGAACCCUUCUGCAUGACCAAGGAAGCUUCUACUAUGUGGUCAACCAGCCCCCAGAACAAUCUAUACUCUUGCUGUCUGUAGGGAGGAGCAGUGCUGGGACGUACCACUGUGAAGUGUCAGACAGCUAUGACAACACCACCGCUAUAAGCAGCAAGAGGAAGUAUUUGGAUAAAGAAGUGCUGAAUCGGAUUCCCGUCUUGGUGGUGGCAGUUGUGUUUGGAUGUUUCACAUUCCUGGUUUUUCUGAUCUCUGUUUGUUGUUGGACCGGAGUGCUGUUCAGGCGAAGGCGGUACGGAGAGAAGUCUCUGUUGAGCUUGGAGAUGGAGAGAAUGACUCCUGCAUAUGAGGACGAGCUGGAAUUGUCAGAGUACAAUGAGGAUGCUGAUGUGGUGAAUACAGCCAGAGAUGGUGAAUUUGAUCAGGAGUCUUCUGAUGCCUCCUUGGAUUAAUAACCCCAAAUUGAGAAAGGGAAGAAGAUGUUGGUUAAUGAACCAGUCGAGUUGAGUCCUGAGGCUGAGUGUUCAAAUUUUUUGCUCUGUAACAGCCUGCUGUUGUUCAAUAAACCUAUCUGCUCGUGA